AGCCGACGGUCUUCCUAGAAUCGAAAAAGGGGUUAGGGGUAAGGGGUUCAGGGGUCAGAGAGUUUAACCGUCUUAUCGAUAGAGGUACCCAAGCUCGGACCACAUUCAAUCCUGACGCAGUCAACCCACGAGAAUUUCCAGCUUCAUGACGACGUCCUUGAAAAAAUAUUGAAAUUCAAUUGUGGUUUCUCGUCAACUUCUAAAACCUACCGCAUUUCCGAUGCCCCCUCACACAGGACUGCGCAUUGCGCGCGUCCGUCCUCUGUUCCUCAACAAUGGCACCGGAUCUUGCACACCCACGCUUGCGCCUCUCUUCAUCACGACCUAUAACAUUCGAGCUCGAAAGCGGUUAGCUCCACCACAGCCAAGCUCGAGCUCAAGCUUAAGCUCUCGACGCACCGCAUCAACGGCAUCGCAAGCCAAAGAAACCAAGACGAAACCACCUCCCACUAUCUCCGAGCUCGCCUCCUCUCCAACCCGGCCAUCCUCUCCCCUCCCACCCUCCUCAACUCUCAACCCACCCGCCUCGACCCGACCACCACCUCUAGAACUACCCACGCGCGACCCCGCGACCUCGAUGUUCACGUACUGGUACCAAUACGGCAAAGCCUACAUGACCUUCUACAAGACCGGACUCCGAGCCAUCCUCACGAACCGACGCCUGCUCUCCCAAUCCACCUCCUCCAUAUCCACCACCAACCCAUCUCCCUCAGACAACCCCACACGCUCCGACAUCCUCCUCCGCGAACGCGUACACCACGACCUCUUCCGCGUCCCGGCCUUCGCGCUCCUACUCCUCGUCUGCGGAGAACUAACCCCCCUCGUCGUAAUAGCGUUCCCGCGCUUAACACCCUACACCUGCCGAAUCCCGAACCAAAUCUCCGCCUUACAGCGGCGUUCCGAAGCGCGGCGCGCCCGCAGCUACGCCUCUCUGAAACACGCGCAGUUGACGGCGCAUGACCUGCGCGGCGGCUUGGCGAGCGGCCACGUGUGCCGCGCGCUGGGGCUGACGAGUCCGCUGUGGGACCGGAUCGGGAUCGACUCGCCGUUCGGGUCGUCGCUGGCGACACGCGCGGUGGUGCGGAUCGCGGAGGACGACGCGCUGAUUAGGAAGGGGGGCGGCGUGGAUGCGUUGGUUGAUGAGGAGGUUGUGCUCGCGUGCGAGGACCGAGGGAUGGAUGUUCGGGGGAGGGAUGUGGAUCAGCUGAGGGCCGAGCUGAGGGAUUGGUUGCGCAAGGCUGCCCCUGCGAAGGGCGGGAGCCGUGAGGAGGCGAGGAAGGAGGCUGAGGAUAGGAUUAGGGGGUUGCUACUUGGGAUAGACGGAGCGGACGGCAAAAGUUGAGGUUCAGGUACGAAUAGAAUGGACUGAGAAUUUAGUCCAUACUAGUAGGUAUUAGAGUCAUGUGCUCGGAAUUAUACGUGUAAUGAUGCGAAGAAUUGUACGAUACGAUACGAUACAAUCAAAAAGGGGGGAACGGGCAGGUCAAAACAGCCCGGGGAUCAGACAAAACUUGGCUCACUGAAAACAACACGCAACAAGAGGCAACAAAGCCCAAUUUAAGUAAUCCAUUAUCAUCGGUGUGAUGAUUUGCAUUUAUGCUAUCAAGCCU